AUGUGGUCUCGAUUGGUUCUGUUGCUUUUGACGCUGGUCGCCUUUUGUACGGCCGUACGCCAUCAGUCUGUAGGCGUCCGUGGCAAGCUUCUUUGUGGUUCAGCACCAGCUCGUAAUGUACGCGUGAAACUUUGGGAAGAAGAUUCAGGUGAGUGA